UAGGCUAAGUAUUCCAUGUUGUUUGUCUUCUUCUUUGUACAGGUUUACUCCAGUGGAACUUGCAUUUCUUGCAGAAUAUGCGAAGACAAUGAGCCCAGUUGCAAAGGCACUUGAUGUACUUCAAGGUGAAACCAGUGUGCAGAUGGGAUGGUUGGUCCCCACCAUAACUCUACUAAGGACCAAGCUCCAGCAACUUAACAUUGCCUCCAAGUUCUGUGAGCCUUUGAUUGCUGCACUUCUUUCAGGCCUAGAAAAACGCUUCGGAGAGAUGCUUACAGAUCCAGAGCUGAUAGCCGCAGCCAUUUUAGUUCCCAAAUUUAAGACCUGCUGGACAAGUGACGAGAAUAUCCUCAAACUUGGCCUUGACUAUAUCAGAAGCCACUUGGACUGUCAGGCCGAGAAUCACAUCAGUGAGGGCUCCCAAUCAUCUGAGGAAGAGGACUUCUUUUCCUCCUUGAAGAAGACAAGCCCUCUUGAAACGACCCAGCAGUUGGAUGCGUACCUGGGGUGCCCAAGAGACACAGCAGAGAUCUGGUAUUCAGUCAGUCUUCAGGAAACAAUAAAACAUCUUCAGCCAGACAAGGAAUUCCUGAAAGAUCAACUUUCCCGAAUGACAGCCUCAUCUUCUAGCCAUUCUAGGUCAUCAAGCAUUUCAGGAUCAUCUACAGGUACUCCAAAAGGAAAAGGAAAGAAGGCUAUUGAAACAGAGGAGGAAGAGUCAAGGGAUGAGAUAGCUGUUCUCUCCACAGAAUCAUCAACUAUUGAUGACUCAGAUGAUGAGGAGAUGAAACCUCCUUCAAACGGAAAAAAAGCAAGAUCAACAAAGCAAGAUGACCUGGAUCGAACUCGAGCAAAAACUGUUGCAAUAAUACAUUACAAGCGUGCUGUACAUGCCUUUAACCAAGGUGGCUCGAUGAAGAAGGCUUUCCAAAAAGUGGGGGUGCAUCGCAAUACCAUCUCCAGGACAUCACCAAUUCCUGAGCUUGCGAUAGCAGCACCUGGUGUCUUUCAGGCCCUUUAGUGCCUGUUUGAUGUAAAUCAUUUUUAAUGUAAAUCAUCAAUAAAUGAUGACCUGUUCACCGUA